GUCAUCAUAGAAAAUUAAAAUUAAAUAGAAAUUAAAUAAAAAUAGUGUUCGGUGCAUGAGAAAUUCGAAGCAGAUGCGGACUGCUUUGCUUGUGCUGUGACUGAUGUUGUAUGAGGCAACGGAUGAUAUAAAAUGAAGAAGGGCACAAAAUCAGGGUUUGGGAUUUUGUGCUCUCAAAUCUCAUCUGAGCACGACACGACGACAUGGGAAGGAGACCGGCAAGGUGUAAUCGGCAAAUCAAGAACAAGCCAUACCCCAAAUCUCGAUACUGUCGUAGUGUCCCAAAUCCUAAGAUCAGAAUUUAUGAUGUUGGGAUGAAGAAAAAAGGUGUUGAUGAGUUCCCUUUCUGCGUCCAUCUAGUCAGUUGGGAGAAGGAGAAUGUCUCGAGUGAGGCAUUGGAGGCUGCCCGAAUUGCCUGCAACAAGUACAUGGCCAAGUAUGCUGGGAAAGAUGCUUUCCAUUUGAGAGUGAGAGUUCAUCCCUUCCAUGUUCUUCGAAUCAACAAGAUGCUUUCAUGUGCUGGAGCUGACAGGCUUCAGACUGGAAUGAGGGGUGCUUUUGGGAAACCUCAAGGAACAUGUGCUAGGGUUAACAUUGGUCAGGUCCUGCUUUCGGCUCGUUGCAAGGACAGCAACAGCCACCAUGCGCAGGAGGCGCUCCGCCGUGCAAAAUUCAAGUUUCCAGGUCGUCAAAAGAUUAUCGUUAGCAGGAAGUGGGGAUUUACCAAGUAUAGCCGUGCUGAUUAUCUGAAGUGGAAGUCUGAGAACAGGAUUGUGCCAGAUGGUGUCAAUGCAAAGCUUCUUCGAUGUCAUGGACCUUUGGCUAAUCGUCAACCUGGAAGAGCUUUACUACAUGCAACAGCUUAGAUCGACUCUUUUGAGUCUCUAUCUAGAAAAUUUUGAAGCUUAAGAUGGACCUGUUUUAUUAGUUUAUUAUCAUAGUUGGGUUGUUUUUGAGUUGAGCAAAUUUGUGUAGGUUCAAAAUAUUUGGCAUUUUGAAUUGGUGGCAUUGAGAGCUUAAUGGAAUUGCAGUUUGUUGUUUCCCUGAGAA